AACCCUAAUUUCACUUCCCCACACUGCUCCUCGCUUCUUCAGUCGCCGCUUCUCUCCCUCUGCGAAAUUAGGGUUUCAUCUCUUCACGAUUUCACCGACGAUGGCGGAAGUGGAAGCUGACGUGGCGGCGGCCGGAGUGCCGAAGAAGAGGACGUUCAAGAAGUUCAGCUUCAGAGGAGUGGAUUUGGAUGCUCUUCUGGACAUGUCGACUGACGAGCUCGUUAAGCUCUUCCCUGCCAGGGCUCGGAGAAGGUUUCAGAGGGGAUUGAAGAGAAAGCCGAUGGCAUUGAUCAAGAAGCUGCGCAAAGCUAAAAGGGAGGCUCCACCUGGUGAGAAGCCCGAGCCAGUUAGGACUCACCUUCGCAACAUGAUCAUUGUACCUGAAAUGAUUGGUAGCGUUAUUGGAGUAUACAAUGGCAAGACCUUCAAUCAGGUUGAGAUCAAGCCUGAGAUGAUCAGCCAUUAUCUUGCUGAGUUCUCUAUCAGUUACAAGCCUGUCAAGCACGGAAGGCCUGGUAUUGGUGCUACCCACUCUUCCAGGUUCAUUCCCCUCAAGUGAAGUUUCUACUUCACUGUUGUUCAGAGAGUUGAGAGGACUUUAUUUGAGUAUGAAUUUGGAUUUCCCAUCAGACAUUUUUGCUGAAAGUUUUAUUAUUUUGUAAACAAUGACAAAGUCGACUGGUUUGUAGGAUCUUAUUGGAGUAAUUUUUAUUGCAAUCAAGUUUAUGACUUAUGAGU